AUGGUCGACGUCGACCGCAGACCCACCGGUUCGAACCCAGCUCACCUUGCUGCUCUAAGACGCCUCUCGGCUCGAGCCGCUUCCGUUUCCGCCCCAACUGUUCGUAAUGGCUUUCUCUCAUUUUCCGCUCUCUCCGAAAAAGUCAUAACCCACCUCCGCAACUCGGGCCACGCCGAGUUCGCUCGCUCCGACUCCCACUCCGACCCGGUUCUCAAGAAGCAGAGAUCGGUCGCGGAGAAACACUCCGCCUCUAAAUGCCCCCUCCCCCCUUUCUCCCGCCGCAGCCUCGACGCUGCCGUCGACCGCCGUAGGAGAGCCUCUCCGGAAUGGGUGGAGGGCUACGUGGGGCUCAUGGGGUCCGUUCUGAGGGAAGGAGGGUGGAGCGAAUCGGAUAUAUCGGAAAUGGUUUCCGGUUCCGGUUCGGAUUUUGGUUUGGUUUUGUUGGAUAAUGAAGGGGUAAUGGACGCACUGGUUUCGAAGGCAGAAAGGUUUUCGGACUCGUUGAGGAAAUCCGGGUGGAGCUCCGAAGAGGUUUCGGAUGCGUUGGAUUUGAGAUUCGAUUUACCGGUGGAGAAGGGGCGGAGACCGCCUAAGAAGGUGUCCCCACAGCUGGUGGAAAGAAUAGGGAAACUGGUGGAAUCGGUUUCCCGGUCAUGA